GGUGGUGCUGCUGCCAACUCUAUAUAAGGAGUUUAACCCAGUGCCCAGUGCUGUCCUGUGGCCUUUCCAGCUCAACAUGGCUAGGGUACUAGAAGCACUAGUUGCACUGGGGAUUUUGGGCCUGUGCUGGUCUCUGGUCAUUGCCAACCCACUUCCUUCGACUAGUGCCCAUGGGACUGUUGCUGAAGGCGAGACCGGAACCAAGCCAGACCCAGAACACUGCUUGGAUGGCUGGAGCUUUGAUGCCACUACCUUGGAUGACAAUGGGACCAUGCUUUUUUUUAAAGGGGAGAUUGUGUGGAAGAGUCACAAAUUCAUCCCGGAGUUAAUCUCAGAGAGAUGGAAAAAUUCCACCAGCUCUGUGGAUGCUGCAUUCCGCCGUAGUGACGACAGUAUCUUCCUGAUUAAGGGGAACAAAGUCUGGGUGUAUCCUCCUGAAAAGAAGGAGAGAGGAUAUCCAAAGUUACUCCAAGAUGAAUUUCCUGGAAUCCCAUCCCCACUGGAUGCAGCUGUGGAAUGUCACCGUGGAGAGUGCCAAGAUGAAGGGAUCCUUUUCUUCAAAGGUAACCGCAAGUGGUUCUGGGACUUGGCUACGGGAAACAAAAAGGAGCGUUUCUGGCCAGCUGUGGGGAACUGCACAGCUGCCCUGCGGUGGCUUGGACGCUACUACUGCUUCCAGGGUAACCAGUUUUUGCGCUUCAACCCUGUCACGGGAGAGGUGCCUCCGAGAUACCCUCUGGAUGCCCGAGACUACUUCAUGUCCUGCCCUGGCAGAGGUCAUGGUCUUAGACACAGAAAUGGAACUGCUCACAGGAAUGGCACCCACCAUGGCCUUGAGUACACACGCUGUAGCCCAGAUCUAGUCUUAUCUGCCUUGAUAUCUGACAACCAUGGUGCCACCUAUGCCUUUAGUGGGUCCCACUACUGGCGUCUGGACACCAGCCGGGAUGGGUGGCACAGCUGGCCCAUUGCUCAUCAGUGGCCCCAGGGUCCUUCAACAGUGGAUGCUGCCUUUUCCUGGGAGGAUAAACUCUAUCUGAUCCAGGGUACCCAUGUGUAUGUCUUCCUGACAAAGGGUGGCUAUCCCCUAGUGAGUGGUUAUCCAAAGCGGUUAGAGAAGGAGCUUGGGAGCCCUCAUGGAAUGAGCCUUGAGUCUGUGGAUGCAGCCUUUACCUGUCCUGGGUCUUCUCGGCUCUACAUCUCUGCAGGACGGCAGCUAUGGUGGCUGGACCUGAAGUCAGGAGCUCAAGCCACGUGGACAGAGCUUCCUUGGCCACAUGAUAAGGUUGAUGGAGCCCUAUGUAUAGAAAAGUCCCUUGGCCCCAACUCGUGUUCUGCCAAUGGUCCUGGCUUGUACCUCAUCCAUGGCCCCAAUUUGUACUGCUACAGUGAUGUGGAGAAACUUAGUGCAACCAAGGUCCUUCCUCAGCCCCAGAGAAUGAGCAGCCUCCUGGGCUGCAGUCACUUAGGAGCCUUCUGACAAAAGUCUGGCUCAAUCCCAUCUCCCACUUUCCUCCCAAUAAAGCCAGAUUGCCUCUUCA